AUGAAGAUUGAGAUAGAGAGCAAGAAGUUGAUCAAACCCUCAGCUCCAGCGGUUGACAGCCUUCGCAAGCUAAAAAUCUCUCUAAUUGAUCAGCUUCAGUCUCCCACUUAUGUUGGUGUCACUCUCUUCUACUCAUCCAAAAAGGAUGUACGCGACCCUUCAUUUGUACCUAUUAGCAAAAGAUCUCGGCUGCUCGAGAAAGCGCUCGCGGAAACCCUAAUCCUCUUUUACCCUCUUGCGGGGCGACACGUCGAAGAGAGGUGCCUGGUCGAAUGUGACGACCAAAGGGUGGAGUUCUUGGAAGCCAAAGCUGAUGGCACUCUCGAUCAAUUUCUCCAUGGAGAAACUGACCCCGAUGAUGUCCUCGGUCAUUUGGCAACUCAACCUCAUCCGGUGGACCAGAUUGUGCCGCCUCUAGUGGUUGUCCAAAUGACCACGUUCACUUGUGGCGGCAUCGCGGUCGGCCCGCGCAUCUCGCACAAGAUUGCCGACAUGCACACUGUUUCGUCCUUCUUGAGCACGUGGGCGAUGUUCCGAACCGCGGGCCCGGUCAACGGGCCGGUCCUGGGUUUGACCCCAGUCGAAACCGGCCCGUGGCCAUGUCUAGAUCUAUCAUCUAUUUUACCGCCAAGAGACUUGCCCAAGCUCGAGCCUCCCGCAAGACUAAUGCCAGGUGCGAAAUACGUCAUGAAAAGAUUCGUGUUCGACAGCCAAUCCAUCUUGAAACUCAAAGCCAUUGCAAGGAGCGGGGGUUUCGAUUCCGAAAGGGAACCCUCUCGUGUGGAGCUGGUCACGGCGCUCGUUUCCAUUGCUCUCUUGAAAAUUGCCAAGCUAAAAAAUGGGCAGUCCAAGCCGUUCCUCAUUUCGCACAUGGUGAACUUGCGCGGAAGGACAGAUCUCGUAUCGCACGAUAAUUUGUGCGGCAAUUUCUACACAGUGGUGAGCGGGAAGUCCACAGCCGAAGUGACCGAGCUUGGGCUACACGGCUUGGUGGGUUUGGUGCAAGAUGCGAUGACAACCUCGCUUGCUAAAGUAGCGAAUGCGAUAGACGGGACGGAUUUGGCUGAGAUGGUGAUGAACUUGGCGGGAGAGUAUCAAGAAGAACGGAGGAAAGGCGAUGUCGACGUGCUCAUCUUCAACAGCUGGUGUCGGUUUCCGCUGCACCAGGUUGAUUUGGGUUGGGGUGAGCCUGAGUUUGUGAGUAGCUUAUGCGCUCCGUUUGACUCGGUCAUGUUGAUGGAUCACCAGAAAGCUGAAGGCGGAGUUGAGGCGUGGGUGAGCUUGACUUAA